CCGCACAACAGUUCUGUUAAACUUCACUACAAGAAAAUAUGUUACAAUGCCGGAAUUCUCCGUAAACUCAAAUUCCCAAUAUUUGCGAUUUGAAUAUUAUCUUGGUGGAGACAUUCUCAUUUUACAAUGUUUAGGAUUGUAUUCGAUGGGUAGCAUUUUUAAAAAUCCCGAAACAAAUUUUCAUUUUUGGGAAACAAUUCCAUUUAUUAUCGGAGUAGGAGGAUUAUGUUUUGGAUUAAUGGGCGAUUUCAGUAGUGUAGUAGUAGAAAUGCGAAAACAUUCAUUGUAUACCAUUGAAGUACUUGCUGCUGCUCUAUGCUCUACCUUGGGCAUAUACAAAGGCUACCGAUUAUGGGUUUAUCGCUAUCAAUUUUGCCACUUCAUCAAGGCAUUCCAUCUUCGUUGGAACGAAGAAGUCACCCAAAAUAUGAUAACAGCAAAGAUGGUGGACGGUGCUAAAUCAAUGCGUUUGUUCAGGAUAUGGUACAGUACAGUGGUGGCAGCCAUUUUUAUGGCAUAUGUCCUACGUCCAUGUUUGGUAUAUCUUCGGUACAAGUUAUCUGGAAGCAAUGAUACUUUCGAUUAUUCACAGACUGCUUAUCCGGCUGAGUAUCCCUUCACACUAUCAACACCUCGAGCAUUUUUUUGUUGCAUUACCUUCGAAGCAAUUGGAAUCUACUUCUUGAUAUGCUACUGGAUAGCAGCUGAUGGGCUCUUUGCUCAACUCACGACACAUUUGGCAAUUCACUUUCAGGUAAUUGCAAAUCGCAUGCGUGAUAUUCAACCUCAAGGAACGAUGAGCUCAGAUCAUGCACAAUUAAUUAUGCAACGGUUAAAGAAAAAUGUACAGGAUUAUUUGAAAUUAUUCAAAUACGUCAAUGAGCUAGAAAAAAUAUACAAUCCAGUGCUGUUCGGUACUGUAUUGGUCAACGGUUUGAAUCUUUGCACCUGCCUUUAUAGUCUCCAAUACAGAAUUUCAAACAACGAGUGGGGAUUGGCUGGAAAAAAUGCAUUACUCACGACUGGGAUAACAGCGCAAACAAUGAUGUUUUGUAUUUGUGCCCAACGUUUGAAUGACGAGGUCGCAGGAGUUCGCCAGGCGGCUUAUGAUUGUUCAUGGACAGAAUUCAAUUCAACAAUAAAAAAUCUGAUUUUAUUAAUAAUGAUACAGACUGAGCCAGACUACGUAUACACAGCGUACGGGUUUAUUCAUUUAAAUAUGCCUCAACUUACAGUGAUUUUCACAGCUGCUAUGCGAUUUUUCACACUUCUCAGGAACAUGACUUAAAAUGGGGUCCAGAUAUUUGAAUUGAAAUUAUUUUGUUACUAUGAUUCUGUGAAUGACCAGAAGUACAUGAAUAAAAAUUAUCCGAUGAUAACUUCGACAAUUUUAUAACAGUAGAUAGCUUAACUUUCGUCAUCUACUAAAGACAGAAUUUGAAUCGUAUAUAGGGAGGGCCUUUCCUAAUAAAUUACGAAACUUUAGGUAAGCGUGAAGCGAAAAUUUUUUUCGAGUAAAAAGUACUCGAAAUUUCAGAAAUCAAUUUGUACUUGUUUAUACUGAGCUCAAAUCUCUCAUUAGUUUCACAUUUAUUGGGGGGGCUCCGUGUGUACUUGUUCAACUGUACAAAUGAUCAACUGUACAGAGAAUUUUCAAACGUAGAGAGCACCACUGUACAGGGAUUCAACUGUCGAGAGAAAAAAC